AUGUCAGUCGAGGUUGGCCCGAGCGCGGCAAGUCCGCAUCUCGAAUCAUCAGAAAAGUCUCCCGCAACACCAAUUCGCAACACCACGUCAUCAUACACUCUCUACCAAUACCACUCAUAUGGCUGCACCAACCAGAUGUAUGGCCACGGCCACGAGAAAUAUCCAAAGUUCACGAGCAGCGCGCAUUACGUAUCGAACAUUCGCCUCCAGCACAUCGAGUCCGGUCGCAUCAUCGCGAAAAGCAACGGCGGGGAACACAACAUGUCUGCGGGAACUACAGACCACACGGAAUGGAUCUGGGAAGGCUUCAGAUCAGAUACGGGCAAGGAACAAGGGCGGGGUACGUUCUCUCUCAAGGAUCAUUCACUAGAUGGCAAACAAUCGGACGUUCGGUCAGAGGCUGACAUUUUGCAGCCAUUCAACCUCACAGCCGCCAUCCUCUUCGUCGCAGCCGGUGGAGGACUAUGGGCCUACUUCACAUACGAGAAAGAGCGCAUGGCACGAAAGCGGAUAGCAGAGCAAACAAAAGGUAUCGGCAAGCCCAAAGUAGGCGGACCAUUCCACCUCGUAGAUCACAACGGCCAGCCCUUUAGCAACGAGGACAUGCUAGGCAAAUACUCUCUGGUCUACUUCGGUUUCACCCACUGCCCCGACAUCUGCCCUGACGAACUCGACAAAAUGGCCCUCAUGUACGACAAAGUCGUUGCUGAAUGCGGAAACGUCCUCCUCCCCAUCAUGAUCACCUGCGACCCCGCGCGCGACAACCCCAGAGUACUCAAGGAGUACCUAGCGGAGUUCCAUCCCGACUUUAUUGGUUUAACGGGCAACCACGAGCAGAUCAAGAAUACUUGCAAGGCGUAUAGGGUGUACUUUAGCACGCCUAAGGAUACCAAGCCUGGUCAGGACUACCUGGUUGAUCAUAGCAUCUACUUCUAUUUGAUGGACCCAGAAGGCGAUUUCGUCGAGGCUAUCGGACGCAAUUUCACGGCUGAUCAGGCUGCUAAGGUUAUUUCGGAUCACAUCAAGGACUGGGAGAAGCCGUUGAAGAAGGAGACGAGAUGGGAGUAG